UCCACUGUUGGCAGGCGUUUAUAACGUCAAGUAAUGAGCCGCAAUUGUAUAGAUCUUAAAUGGUAAUUGUAACAUUGUAACGGUUCAAAUUCUAAAAUAUAUAGGACAAUUCGUUUCUAUCGGGAUCGACUUAAUAACACGUAGAUAUGUAUUACAUCUAUAUCUCAUCUUUAUUCUUCUCGUUGUGCUUCUUUAGACGUAAUAAACGUCCUGGACUUGAUAAAAACGUCGUGACGUAUCUACGUAUUUCGAGUGAAUAAAAUGACGUUAUGGUGAAUGCCAAGCUGGAAAAAACCUAGGUAAACAGCUUACAUACUUUGUUUAUGUUAAACGAAAGGUGAUCAAGAGCCUCUGUUUUCUCUUACAACAUAAUUAUAUACUUAUUUAGUAUGUAUGUGUUCAAUUGUACGUGCUCCUUUAGCAUGGCAGGAUUUUUGAUCACGGCUCAUAUAUUCUAUAUUACAAGCCGGGUGAUAAUUUAUUCGUGAUAAAAAAUACAAUAAUUUAAAAAAUAUAUUUCCCCGAUAAGUUUUGUUUGUCACUCCAACAGGUAGCGCUGAUUAAUAAAUGAAUGUAUGCGCGACAAACGAACAAACGAACAAACAAACACACACACACACACACACACACACAUACACAUAUAUAUAUAUAUAUAUCUACGCCAAGAAAGAAAACAGCAACAAAUGCAAAAAUUAAGUAAAUAGCCAUAAUAUCCAGGAAAGACGAUAUGGAGGAGGAUAUACGAAAUACAAAAUUCCAUUUAAAAGUAACGCAAAUAACGGAAGAAAACGCUCUUCUUCGAGAAGAAAUCGCGAAAUUAGAUGAUAGAAAUUCAAUUUUGGAAAGGCAACAAAAAUAUUUCAAACGUCAAUUGGAACAAAUCCAUGAAAAAUAUAGUGAACUGCAACGAGAAUAUGAUGAACAAAAAGACAUAUUGGAUGAAGUUAGGAGAAAAGAGAAAGACAUCAACAUAGCACUCCAGAAAUCUACAAAAGAGCAACGGAUAUUAUUAACAAGAUUAGAAACGGUCGAAUUAAAGGCGCAAGAAGUAACAAGUCUGAAGAAUAAGUUAAAGAAAGUUACGAAUGAAAGGCUCGAAUGUACGAAGCAAAAGGAUGAAAUAGUUGAAAAAUUGGAUGAAAAGUCUAACGAGUGCGAAUCAUUGCUUAUGACAAUUACAGACUUGAAAAAAGCGAAUGAAAAUCUUCAAAGUAAUUACGAAGCGCGCGAAAAUAUGAUCAAAAUGCUACGAGAAAAUAAUCGUCAACUAGAAGAUGAAAAUGUGGAAUUAAAAUUACUCAUAAGUAUGAAUACUCGUACUUCUACAGACAAACUCUCUAAGACGCCACAUUCGAACGCAGAACCAUAUUGCAUGGUACACGAUAUUCCAUAUAACAGAUUCAACGAUACGUUUCUUCAAGAUUCCCUGUAUGACGAAUUGAAAGCUUCUGGUUUCACGAAUAUAUGCAGCUGGAAUGAUACGAUAAGCUACGAAUUGAAGAAGCAAGUGCAAUGUUACGAAUUAGAAAUUGAUAAACUUAUACAACAAACAGAAUGUGUUUUCCAACAAUUGGUAUCGGGACGCGACAAGAACUGUCUUCAUCUUAUAGAAAAUAUAAACCAUUGUACUGAGAGUUCUGAAAAGAUGAAAAAUUUGGAGGUCCUUAAACAAAGGAUACAAAUUCUUUUGGAUAUGGUAAACACAACAUCUCCAGAACCUAGAGGUAUUGAAAUUGGUAUUCAAGUGCCGGCAAUUUCAAGAACGAUAAAAAAUUUGGAGGAAUUGUCUAACUUAGACGAGGAAGAUCAUCUAGAAUGCUUUUGUAAAAACAAUCAAAUAAUCGCAUCUCAUGAUAUAUCGAAAGAGAAACAAGACCAAUUUACUAUAUCUGCGAAAUGUCCUAAAGUAGUAAUGGUGCCGAAAUCCUUCGUCGGCGAUCCAAUCAUACAAGUAUUCGAUAAAAGUGUUCGAUGUAUUACAAGUCCACGAAAAAAAAGAUCAACGGAAAAUAUCAGUUUAACUAGAUUAGAAAGAAGAAAAACUAUUCAUAAGUUAAUGUUCUGUAAGAAUUCUUAUAAUGACGCUGCUACCAAAACACGAGCCGAUAUUAUGGAUGACGGUAAUGGAGAUUACACGGAUAAUGAAAGAUAUGUAACAUUUAUGGGCCAUUUAUCGUUACCAAUAGACUUUUCGGUUACAUCCAAACGAGUCGCAAUAACGCGUAAUCGUAAAUCAAAGUCCGAAUCUAGUCUACUUCCUGAAAAGAAAGCUUUAUUUUGUCGGCCUUCGUUUAAUGCUUUCAUGCCAUUAUCAGCGGAGCCAUUAAUCAAUGAAGCCAUUGAAAUGAGAAAAAGAUCCUUCGACGGGUCAACUUGUGAAGAAGUUGAAAGAGUAAACAUGUUUCCCGUACUACUCAAGCAGAACGAUCGGCAGAAUUUAACAAGCUCUCAUGGAUACGCAUUCGGAGGUACCUAUCGGUCAUUGAACGAUAGUAGUACAGAUUCUUCGAUUAGUUCGUCGUCUCUUCGAUCCAAUAAUCUACUUCCCCAAGAUUUUUCUAUAGACGAGUUGGAACACCGUCCGUUUGAAUUACACCGUCCUGUUCACUUGGCUCCUAUGAAAUUGAAAUUCCCGUCGGAUAAAGCCUCGCCUUUCACCAAAGAGCAACGUCUUACCAAUAAGGAUACACAACGAGGAGAUUUCACUGCAGCGAGUAAUAAAUUGCUCGAAAAUAUAAAAUCGAAAACGAACAUCCGCGAAACAAAGGAAUAUAAAAUCGUGGAACAUUUUGAGGAAGGUCGUUUAAACAGAGAUUAUUAUAAUGAAAGCCCCAAUAAUUAUCUCAUGGAUAUCAAUAAAGAAAUCUAUUCGAUCAAUAGUGAAACAUAUUUAAUCGAUAAAUUAACGGGACCCAUUUGCCGCGAUAUAACGUCUAUGUAUUUUCGAAGAUUCUCUAAUUUCGACCGAGAGUGUUAUACGGAAGAUCAUCUACCAGCUGCAUACUCAACACCGAUGCGCAUCGACUCGAAGGAUAAAAAUUUGUCGAAAAGUAAAAAUAAGAAAGAUGGCGAUAAUUGUGAGUCGCUCGUACGACGAUUCGCUGAUUUGGAAAUGUCAAGAAAAAAAUUAUCCUUAUUUAGGAUAUACAAGGACCGUUUGAACGAGAUGAAUAACGAGGAACGUCUAGAAAAGGUCGACUCUGGAGAUGGAGAAGAAACAGUUUCGAUAUCACUUUGUAGUUUUGCAAAUAACAGCGCGUUGUCGCGAAGUAAAUGUGUGCUUACGAACAGAGAGAAUUCCGAUGAGUAUUUUAUGUCUAAUGUAGCACAGAGAAACAAUACGGAAGGAAGAACGAAUUGCGCAACUGCAAGGGAAGAAAAGAUCAGGCCGACGUCGUCGGAUGGUGAAAGUCAAAUCUCAGAUAGCAAAGAAAGUUUUCUCGACAGAACGCAACCGAGAAAGAAUUUGCUAGAAGAAAAUAAGAGCGUACUACAAGUUUGUAAAUUCUAUCAUUCAAGUUCGGCAAAGUCGAAAAUUGUUGGCGAAGAAACAAGAUUACGUACUUCGGUAUCUCAUUCUUUCACGAACAUCCAUAUUCUACCAUCGUGGUGCGCGCUCAUUUUUUAUGCACUGGUAUUUUUUUUCGGAUUUUAUGCAGUAAAUAUAUUUUUAUAUGUCGGGCCACCGUAUAAAUGGUGGUCACUCGAAGAAAUACUCAAUCGAUACUUCCCAAUUACAAAUACGGGAUGUUCACCACCUAUAUGAAUAUUAAGUCGAUUAGUUUUGACAUACAUACAUAUAUGCAUAUAUAUGUUGUAAGUAUACGUUUAAACAUAAUUAUUACAUGCCGUUUAUUAAAAGUAGGUAUACAUUGUAUUUAAAACAGUGUUGUCAAUUAAAGUAUUAAUCAAUUAUAGAGUGAAUUUCUUUUUUACAAGUACAUAUGUCGCAUAGUUAAUAAA